AUGGAGAGCGUGUUGAGCAUGAAUGCCACGUCGUAUUACGGGUUUAACAAUUGUGGACUGUUGUACGCUACCGCGGAGCAAAAUAACCCAUCUUUGGCCGCCCAACGCGCGCUGGAUUUAUAUAACUUGCGAACGAGAAACGCCCCAAUUGAAACAGCCCAACAACAACAAGGCACCUUCCAGCAACAGGGCAACAAACGUGAACGCAAAACGCAACCAAAUCGUUCGCGAACUCUGUACAACAAAAGACUACUGGUGAACGCCCGUGAACGAGAACGGAUGAAGACGUUAAACAAGGGAUUUGAAAAUCUACGCAAUGCUUUGCCUUGCUACAUUGCGGACGGACAUAUCUCGAAGAUUACGACUCUGCGUCUCGCUAUAAACUAUAUUAAAUCAUUGAGCGCUGUUUUACAAGAUGCUGCCACCCAAGAGGGACAAGCAUUAAGUGAACAAGCUCUGGUAGAACAAACGCCUUGCAAUGCACAGGUGAAUCUUUUAAUGAGCACAGCCAUGAAUUUGACUGAAACGACUAGUGUUUUGCCUGAUGCUAAUGUCAAUGAGUUAGGGAGAACUUAUAGUCCCCAAUUUGCUCCGAUCUUAGGAGCACCUCAGAAAACAGAGCAAUGAACGUCAAAGACAAGACGGGAAAACUUAUAAGAAAGAUGCUUUUAAAGAUCACGCAAAGCGCCAGCGAAAAUCUACCAGAAAACUUAUAUAUAUAUAUAUAUAUAUAUAUAUAUAUAUAUAUAUAUAUAUAUAUAUAUAUAUAUAUAUAUAUAUAUAUAUAUAUAUAUAUAUAUAUUGGGAGAUAUUUAAAUGUAUUAUAUAGAGAGAGUACAUAAUUGAGUUUGUCUAUUAAUAAAUAUUAAAACGUUAAAAUAAUGUGUAUCUACGAAAAAUGUGUGUCUAUUAAAGUUUUAGUUAAAAGAGCUAUAGCGCUCCACAAAAAAAACUAUCGAACAACAUAUUGAAUACAUAUACUUGACUGCAAAGUACAAUCUAAGUUUUGUUGUUUUAAAAUCACUGGUACAAAUGCUUAAAAGUGAUAUAUUGUUAGUUUUGUUUAAAAAUCGACUGCUCUAACUUAAUAUAUUUAAAUUUUAUGCACCAAUUUGUUAAUUUAAGCAUUUGCUAAAUAAGCCCAUCUAUCAACCAUUAUCAGAAAACGCAAUUUAAAAUUUUACUUGCCACGAAAAGUAGAAUCAUUACAUAACAUUUUUGCGACCUUAUUUUCCUGAAAAAGUACAAAAUGUUUGUACUGUUUAAAAACGUGAAAUUAGAGAAUGUUUGAUGACGCAUUGCCUGUGUAGUUCACAAAGAAAAAGCAAUUUAACAUUGUUUAUAUAUAUAUAGAUAUAAUGUAGUUAUUAUACGACAAUUCCAUUAAAAAUUUAAACACGCAAAAGCAUCAUUAUUCAUAGCUAAUUAACCAUCUGCAGAAAUAAGUAAAAGCCCUCGCCACGAUUUGCUUAACCCUAAGUCAACCUAAAAUUCAAAGCAAACUUACCAAUAGCUCAUUUGUUUAAAAAUUUUUCUUUAGAAAUCAUGUCAGUCCGGACCAGUAGGAGUUUUCUUCUCUGAAAUUUUGAAAUAAACAGACGUGCAGAAAUACAGAAACUAAAACAAAUAGCGGGUUAAAUUUUAACCGAAGGUUAGCGCUACUCCAUCUUUGAACAAUCAGGCCCCAGUCGACCAAAUUUUUCAUGUAUAUUGUUGAAAAGUGAGGGAUAUACAGUAAUUAUCACCGGGUUAUGUUUAAAUCACGUUGCAGUGCACAAAUGUCUUGACAAAUAUUGUGCGUGUUCAUUUGAUCGUGUGGAUCAUUUUGCACUAAUGCGCAUUUGUCCACGAUUUGCACCUUAAGAUAACACAAACAUGCUUUUGUUGAAUUUUACACGAAUUUCGUUAGGCGACAUGUAAAAGAAAAAACGCUUUUUAUUAGUUGGAUUGUGAAUGUAAAAUUUCAUAUUUUAUAGAAGCAUCGCGUGUGAUCAUGCGUGUUUAAACACUAACAUUGUUAAACAGUUUCCAAAUUGCUCUAUAAUACGAUUAUAUUCGUAAUAGUGUUUAUUGAAAUGUGUUUCCAAAUUGCAGCCAUACUUCUAAAAUGUGUUUCCAUGAAGCUAUAUAAUUUAAAAUAGCGGGUGAUCUAAAGAAGUAUUUUAUAUCCAUAUAGAAUUAUGUAGUUAAAAAUAUUGAACGAUAUGACAAGAAAAUUAUUCAAUUUCAGUACAGUAAUAUACAAGGUGUGAACAGCCUGUGCAUUUGAGCACAUCAGAUAAGAUAUGUACAUAAAUUAUAUUUUUGAUAAUUUGAUAAGGCCUGCAUACAAAGAAUUGCAAAAAGCUCUGUUGAAAGAGAAAAGCUAAAAGAGACUAAUUAAAUCGCACUUUUUGUCGAGUAACGUAUACUAUAUAUAAUAGACCCAUUACAGUUUUCUUUAAAAUGAGCUGACUCAAUAUAGAUGCAAGCUGGGGUCUAUUGCGGGCACUCGGUUUAACAAUACUCAAUAGACAUGUGUAUGCAUGUGGGAACAUAGCAGUUCACCCUCGCUGUAUGACUAAACCACAGGAUAAUUGUUUUAUUAAGUUGUAAACUGUUUUCCCUCGAGCAUGAAAUCCAGUAUAAGUUUCCUCCUUCUUCUAAAAUGCUUUAUUUAUACUGGAUAACUUUAUCAGUUCUAAACUGUUCUUCCUAUAUAGAGGUCCAGUCAGGAUCAUCUUUUAUUGAUCCACUGUUACUACAGGAGGAAACCUAAACUAAACUAGCUUUAUUUACACUGGACAGCUCUAUCAGUUCUAAACUGUUCUUCCUAGAGGUCCAGUCAGGAUCAUCUCUUAUUGAUCCAGUGUUGCUACAUGAGGAGGAAACCUAAACUAAACUAACUUUAUUUACACUGGAUAGCUCUAUCAGUUCUAAACUGUUCUCCCUCAAACGCGAGAUCCAGUAAGUCUCAUCCCUGAUCUAAAAUACUUUAUUUAUACUGGAUAGCUCUAUCAGUUCUAAACCGUUCUCCCUAGAGAUAUAAUAAGUGUCAUGCCUGAUUGAAAAUACUUUAUUUAUACUGGAUACUUUUGUCAGUUAUAAACCGUUCUUCGUCCACCGAGAGAUCCAGCAUGUAUGUAUAACAUCCCUGAUCUGAAAUAUUUUUCAACUCAAUACCUCUUCUGUUCUAAACCGUUCUCCUUGGAGAUCUUGGCUAUCUCUGAUCUAGAAUCACCUUACUUUAACACAUAUUGGAUAUUUGGAUAAGCUGUUGUCCUAUAGAGGUCCGGUAAGGAUCAAUCCCUUGUUUACACUAUCAAAAUUAAGCCUGGGGUAUCCUUAUGGUCGUAAAGAUUGAGUCAUGAUCUUUCUCAUGAAAAUACGCGGAGUGAUUAUAACUAGAGAAUACUUAUGAUUUAUAUGUGGUUUACAGGUAUAAACUAUUAUAAACUGGCCGUUGAGAAAGAUCGUGACUCUAUUUUUGCGAUCAUUUGGAAACCAGACUUGCAUAGGUAAAUUCUAAGUUUUGAAGGAUUAUAGUAAGAAACGUUUGAGGGAACUCAAUGUUAAUCGCCUUUAUAUUGAAUAGCUUUUAUUAGUUCAUUGUGUUCUCUAACUACAGAGGUAGAUCACUGACCCGAAUGAAGUAUACUGGAUAGUUUUAUCAGUUGUAAAUUUGGACUCACUAUAAGAGAUCGAGUAACCGGAAGCAAUUAAUGUACUGACAUGACGCAAAAACAUUUGGUCUCGCAAUUUCCUAUAUUUCAGGAACGGACACCGGCCGCAAGCAUGAAUGGCACAUGUACCUACUGUGCCGUCAGUUAUAUCGUUCUGCGCGCCUGGGGUGAAUACCGGUACGACGAGUUAAUUAAAACGGAAAUGCGGUUAUUGGAACCGCAGUAUUUGCCACUGUGAGCAUUCAAAAAUGCCUCCAUGUUCUGGGCACCUGUCGUGCGUGUCUUUAUACCAUGGCAUGCAAGAUAGCAUCAAGGAGGUCGUAUUUUAGCGAGGCACCGUCGUCCGCGAACCAAGAAUAUAUUAUAACAAAGUAAAAUAAAAUAAAUAUUGAUUUAGUCCAACAUUAUACAGCUGCUUUGCUAAUGCUUUUUGGUUCGCUGUUAUGCAACACUUGUUCUCAAGUGAUCAUGUAGUGGCACAUAUCCAAACUAUUGUCCAUUUGCCGAUUCAACUAUUGUUUGGUAAAAGAAUAAGAAUUGAAUCUUCUGUAGAAUGUAUGUAUGUUUAAACACUGGCUUGUCGACCUCCCGUGCAACUCUUGUUCUUGUUGGACAUGAGUAAUGUUGACAGAACUCUUAGCUCGUGCAAAUCUUGUUCUGGUUUGCGGUAAAGUCAUAUUAAAGUUGAGCAAACUCUCGUUUUAAGAAAAUUCUAGUUAAGAAAAUUUUCCUGUUAACUAGUGCUUGUCAACUAGUGGCAUCAUGGAACUUUUGUUACUCAUUUAACCAAACAAAAAAAAGUUCAGAAUAUGAAUGCUCGCCAUGCAAAACCUCGCUUCUCAACGCCCAUGCUUGUUUAUUCCCAAAUUCUCGUGACUUCUUUGUUUAGUAAACUCUUUAUUACGAAAACAUCUUUGUUCAACACAAUAUUGCACUCAGCUGCUCACAAACUCAACGAUAUAUUUUCCCAACAUUCUGCAAGGUCCUUGAAACAUGAACUUAAAAAGCGGUUUUUUAUCUUUUAUUCAUGCACGAUAGCUCUGUCUAAGCCAUCUGUGCCGAGCGAAGGUCUUAAUGGACUCCCCUAUAUGUCAUAGAAAUUCUCUUCCUAAUGUUAUAAUUGCGUGCGACAGUGGCAGACAGUUAAAUAAUUAUUAUUAUAGGAAAAUAAGCCAUCACUCUAUCUCUUCCCGCGCGUUGAAGGAAAUUUGGUGUUUUUGCAACUGAAAAACGGUCGACUUCUGCACUGUAUUGACUAUGAAUGCUUAAUUGUUUAAAUUAUUAUAUAUUCCUACAUCGUCCAAAAAUUUCGGCAAUAUUGGAUGAGAAUUUUGAAAAAUAGUCGAACCUGAUACAACAGUCAGGAAAAUUGAAAAUAAUCGAAACCUGAUACAACAGCGACGAGAGUAGAAAAUUCUAUUAGAUGGGUGGGAAUAAGUCAUUUAACAGCGAUAGACAAAUAGAUUUAAGGUCGAUAAUUGAAGGAUGAGUAUAUAUUUAAAAUUUAUGAGUUUAUUUGCAUUAAACGUUAAGUUUUCACGCUGGUCAAAUAACAUAUUCUAUGGGCAAACCUUUUGAAAUUAGCAGUACACAGUAGUUCAAAGUGGCAAAUGAACAAUUUGUUAGGCAGGAGGGUUUUUAUUAAGUUUUGUUUGUUUUUCUUUGCUAUAUAUACUAGCGCCCGUAGCGGCAAGCUGCGAGCAUCUUGACAUAAGAUGUGAUGCAUCGCGUCAUUGACUUAAAACAAACUACGUUUAUAAGAUGCGUGCACCAAUAUCGCGCUAUCACACAAUAAUGCAAUUAUAAAAUGCGUGAGCGAUCGAGCAAUUUUCAAGAUAUUUUGUUCAUUGUAGCUGGCCUUUAAAAGCUCUAAUGUAA